AUGAACUGUGAAACAGCAACAAACAGCAGGGAUUUAAACAGCCACAAGCCUCAGAGUAUCCGCGGUCCCAGCCACAAGCCUCAGAGUAUCCGCGGUCCCAGCCACAAGCCUCAGAGUAUCCGCGGUCCCAGCCACAAGCCUCAGAGUAUCCGCGGUCCCAGCCACAAGCCUCAGAGUAUCCGCGGUCCCAGCCACAAGCCUCAGAGUAUCCGCGGUCCCAGCCACAAGCCUCAGAGUAUCCGCGGUCCCAGCCACAAGCCUCAGAGUAUCCGCGGUCCCAGCCACAAGCCUCAGAGUAUCCGCGGUCCCAGCCACAAGCCUCAGAGUGUCCGCGGUCCCAGCCACAAGCCUCAGAGUAUCCGCGGUCCCAGCCACAAGCCUCAGAGUAUCCGCGGUCCCAGCCACAAGCCUCAGAGUAUCCGCGGUCCCAGCCACAAGCCUCAGAGUAUCCGCGGUCCCAGCCACAAGCCUCAGAGUAUCCGCGGUCCCAGCCACAAGCCUCAGAGUAUCCGCGGUCCCAGCCACAAGCCUCAGAGUAUCCGCGGUCCCAGCCACAAGCCUCAGAGUAUCCGCGGUCCCAGCCACAAGCCUCAGAGUAUCCGCGGUCCCAGCCACAAGCCUCAGAGUAUCCGCGGUCCCAGCCACAAGCCUCAGAGUAUCCGCGGUCCCAGCCACAAGCCUCAGAGUAUCCGCGGUCCCAGCCACAAGCCUCAGAGUAUCCGCGGUCCCAGCCACAAGCCUCAGAGUAUCCGCGGUCCCAGCCACAAGCCUCAGAGUAUCCGCGGUCCCAGCCACAAGCCUCAGAGUAUCCGCGGUCCCAGCCACAAGCCUCAGAGUAUCCGCGGUCCCAGCCACAAGCCUCAGAGUAUCCGCGGUCCCAGCCACAAGCCUCAGAGUAUCCGCGGUCCCAGCCACAAGCCUCAGAGUAUCCGCGGUCCCAGCCACAAGCCUCAGAGUAUCCGCGGUCCCAGCCACAAGCCUCAGAGUAUCCGCGGUCCCAGCCACAAGCCUCAGAGUAUCCGCGGUCCCGGCCACAAGCCUCAGAGUAUCCGCGGUCCCAGCCACAAGCCUCAGAGUAUCCGCGGUCCCAGCCACAAGCCUCAGAGUAUCCGCGGUCCCGGCCACAAGCCUCAGAGUAUCCGCGGUCCCAGCCACAAGCCUCAGAGUAUCCGCGGUCCCGGCCACAAGCCUCAGAGUAUCCGCGGUCCCAGCCACAAGCCUCAGAGUAUCCGCGGUCCCAGCCACAAGCCUCAGAGUAUCCGCGGUCCCAGCCACAAGCCUCAGAGUAUCCGCGGUCCCAGCCACAAGCCUCAGAGUAUCCGCGGUCCCAGCCACAAGCCUCAGAGUAUCCGCGGUCCCGGCCACAAGCCUCAGAGUAUCCGCGGUCCCAGCCACAAGCCUCAGAGUAUCCGCGGUCCCAGCCACAAGCCUCAGAGUAUCCGCGGUCCCAGCCACAAGCCUCAGAGUAUCCGCGGUCCCAGCCACAAGCCUCAGAGUAUCCGCGGUCCCAGCCACAAGCCUCAGAGUGUCCGCGGUCCCAGCCACAAGCCUCAGAGUGUCCGCGGUCCCAGCCACAAGCCUCAGAGUGUCCGCGGUCCCAGCCACAAGCCUCAGAGUAUCCGCGGUCCCAGCCACAAGCCUCAGAGUAUCCGCGGUCCCAGCCACAAGCCUCAGAGUAUCCGCGGUCCCAGCCACAAGCCUCAGAGUAUCCGCGGUCCCAGCCACAAGCCUCAGAGUGUCCGCGGUCCCAGCCACAAGCCUCAGAGUAUCCGCGGUCCCAGCCACAAGCCUCAGAGGGUCCGCGGUCCCAGCCACAAGCCUCAGAGUAUCCGCGGUCCCAGCCACAAGCCUCAGAAUGGCCGCGGUCCCAGCCACAAGCCUCAGAGUGUCCGCGGUCCCAGCCACAAGCCUCAGAGUGUCCGCGGUCCCAGCCACAAGCCUCAGAGUAUCCGCGGUCCCAGCCACAAGCCUCAGAGUAUCCGCGGUCCCAGCCACAAGGGCUAA